AUGGGCCGCUGGACACAAUACGACGAGGAUGAAUAUCGCCUCCCCUCGGGCAUGAAGCGCGUUGGGUACGACGCCGACACUGGACGGUACUAUUUUCGCGGUGGAGACGGCACACUGUGGGAAGGCGCCCAGGGAGCCCAGUACGGCGAGAUGCGCAAGGUUGAGGGUGCACCGGUAGCCCUACCGGAAGGCGCUGAAGACGACCUCGAGCCAGGACCGACAACAGCGGAUGGAUACGCACCUCUGUCUACCGACGGCUCCAAGCCUCGAGUACGCUUUGCUACUACGGACAACUCGUACCGCAUGCUCUUCCCAUUCUUCCUGAUCAUCAUUGUCUUCCUCCUACUUGUUUUCCGUCUGGUCAACCCAUCACACUCGUCACCGCCCAAGAACCCCUGCACGAACGGCACUGUACCGACGACGAUCGUCUCCGGCGACACGUGCUGGAAUAUUGCCAAGGCACAUGGAUGCAAGCUCGAAGAUCUUACGGCGCUUAACCCUGGCGUGCAGUGUGAUAAGUUGCGGCCCGGACAGAGCCUGUGUGUCCCGCCCAAGCCGCUCUAA